UGGCUUCAUCAUCAUGGCAAAACUGAUAGUGCUCACAACAUUACUACUCAUCGGAAUAAACGGAUGGUUGUUGGAAGAAAAAAGUUCUCAGGUGUCAGCACUAAGCAUCGGUUACGAACUUUUAGCUGCCAUGUUGGAUACUCUUAAUGCGAAUGUGCAAAAGGCUAACAAAUUAUCCGAAGAACAGUUCAAGGCGUUGAAGGAAGAGCUCUCUAGUAUACGGGAAACUGUACGGAGCAUCGAAUCUCGAACGAAAGAAAACUCCGCUGGAAAAACCGACAGAAAUGCAUAUAAUUGGCGAACUACCGAAGAUCCGAGGAAGGAGAAUUCUGUGACACCCCGUGUACCAACAAGAAAUUGGCAAACUUUCUAUGGAAGGAGAAGGCAAAAUUCUGUGACGCCCCAUGUAACAAUAAGGAACACAUCUCGAACGAAAGAAAACUACGCUGGACAAACCGACAGUAAUGACUAUGUUAUAUAAUAUCAGU